UUGUGAGCGAAGACAAAUUUCUGUCCUGGGUCUCCUGGACAGACAAUAAAGUCUGUUUUGAUUUGAUUUGAUUCUCAACUUCGCUAGAAGCCGCCAUUUUAAGCGCCCGCGGGCAUCCGUGGUGAGCGCCCGCGUUGCUGAACGCUUGGGCUCGAUUGGCUAGCUUCGCUCGAUUCGCUAAGCCUAUGCAACACGUCUCAGUACGUCACAUCCUGCACGCCAUUUGUCGACCUUGAUGAGCCAACUGCUUGUUGAAAUAAUACAAUGGAAAACCGAGAAGAACUUUUAGACGCUUUAAACGACUUCAAUCGAAAACAGACGAAAGAAAUCUCGCCUCUAUUGGAGCAGUUUCUGAAACAAGUCGCGAAAACAGGCGAGACGCUAUUUCCAUGGUCUCAGCUUAAGGUGUUGAUUCUUGCAAAGAUGGAACAAGUGAUGAUUCAGUUCUGUGAAGAGUAUGGAUCUGAUCAUUUGCCUCCUUGCCCUAAUGUAGAAAAUGUUCGCAGUGAAGUUGUCAGAAGCCGCAUAAUGGAUACAGUUCAAAAAUUCCAUGGUGCCCCAUUCACCAUUCAGCGUUUAUGUGAGCUGCUGACUGAUCCCAGAAGACAUUACAAGAGAUGUGAUAAAUUUCUUCGGGGCCUAGAAAAAAACGUCCUGGUUGUCAGCACAGUUGAUCCAUUUGGAAGAAAGGUGGUAUCUGAGUCAAAAAGCAUGGUGAAUGGAAUGGACACUGCCAGUUUCCAGCAAGCAGACUCCAGCACUCCACAAGGCACACCCCCUGUUCCAGCAUGGAACAACACCAGUCCAUCCUCAACAUGGAAUGCAAGUGGAGAGUGCACAACAACUGAUGCCCCAACCUCUGCAUCCAUCCUUGAGGUUGCAAAGUCACCCGAACCAAAAGAUAGCAUCCCUCUACCUGCGGCAAACUUAGGCCAGAUCAUUCACAUUUCAACUACGGCAUCAGAGACAACAACUGAAGAAUGCAAAGCUGGUGCUGUAGAUUCUGCUAACUUUAAUACCAUAUUUAAUGGUGAUGAUGCACAAUUAGUUGUUAAGUCAGGUAUGAUUGGUUUUGAGUGUUCAGAAAGGACUGAACAUGUAGAAACAGUAAGAGGUAAUGAUGCUCAGUUAGAAGAAUCACCUCAGUGUGAGGCACCUACUGAAGCUUCAUUGAUUACGGAAGGCUGUCAGCAGACAUCAGGAUUUUACAGUGACAAAGCAACAGUUAUUGCAGACCCCUGUGCCACUGUAUUGGAAGGGUCAGAGUCAUACAAAAGGAUGUCUGUUGGUGUUCUUGAAGGGUCUCAUCUUUGUUGUGAAAAAGUAUCAGAUAAAACCAGCCUGACUGUUCUGGAUCAGGUAAAUGAAGGUAGUGAAAAGGCAACACAGAGUGCUGAAGAACUAGUGAAACAUGAAGAAGUAACUUGUCUUGAUGGUACAACCAGAUACGAACACGAACACACACUUUGUAAUCGUGAAGACAGUUCUUUAGACAUUUCAGCAGAAGGCUGUUCAACAGAAGUUGCCUCUUCCUUUGAUGCUAUUGCAGUUGAAUCAUCAAACUUGUCAGACACCACUUCAUGUCCACCAGAAAUAGCCAGAGCAGUUAUCAUUGAGGAAGAGACUUUGAGUAAGCAAGAAAACAUGGACACUUCUGUUGUUGAAUGUAUGGAUGUUGGCACUACAGAUUCAGUCAGUGAACUUAAUACCCACAUAGAAAAAGACAAUGCAGUGAUAGAAGAAGCAUCUCAUAAUUCAGACUCCAUGCAAAUUUCAGUGCAAGAAGUACCUAUGGAAGAAUACUAAAGCAUUAUAUUAAGGUUUAUUUGUUCACAAGUCAUUGCCUUCUAAAAAGCAAUUUUAAUGGUGAACGAUUUGUAUUUUGCUGUCACUUUUAUAUUAAUGACUUAAUGAUACGAAAAUGGCAGGGUGAUUUGUUGAUGAAAGUAUUUCUUUGUGAAGUUGUUUAUAAAUCUGUAUUCCUGUGGAUUAUAAAGUGUCACCUAUUUUCCCUCUGGGAUAUUAACUGUCCUACUUUCUUGUCAGAUUUAAAGGUAGUUCUUUUUCAGAUGAGGUGAUCAGUUAUAAAAUUUCCUUUUAAAACUGGAAAGUGUGUGUGAAUGUCGCAUAUGCAGAAGUGUCAGUUUUUGUCGCUUUGCAGUGCAGUUACUGUUUUGCUGGAACGGAUCAGUGUAUAGUUUUAAGUUUACAAAGUGAAGCUCUGUAAUAGAGCUUAUUUGCUGGUUGCAUUUUCUUCCCCUAGUACACCAGUAUCCUAUGCCUGCACAGUAAUUGUAUAAACUUAGUGUAUACUUGGUAGAAAUCAUGGUUUACUUUUAUUGUGGUUUCUGUUUGGAAAGAAAUAAAACAUUGGAUAAAAAGCCAGUUUAAAACUGACCCUUGAAAGAGGCUGCUGGAGACAAAACGAGUAAAGUGUUGCUCCAAAGCUGAGAUUUCUGCUAUAUGAUUUUUCUGUAAUUUGGUAUGGAAACAUCUGAAAUAUACAGAAAUAUUUUUUUUAAACUGUUAUUACAUUGAUAACUGAUCAUUUAAAAAAAUUAUUAGGUACUUGAUCUUUGUUUCCAACCAACCAGUUCCACUUUAUAAUUAGCAUGUUUAACCAUGCCACUGAAGUGAGUUGCCAAGAGAGACCUCUGUCUCAUUGAAGACAAUAUCAACGUUCCUUCUGUCAAUAAAAAUAAAAUUUAUAAAAUCAAGCAGAUAUCCAAACAAGCAUGCAUUUUGCAGGUUGUGUUGAUGUGAUGUCAACAUCUCGAACACCAGUCAAUUUACAUUAGUCGCCAAAAAUGUGACAGAAGGGCGUAGAAGAUGUCUGGCUAUACAUUUUUUACUUGUUUUGAAUUACAAUAUUUCAAAAAUACAUUGGGGAGGGGGUAAUGGUGUAUGAAAAUGCACUUAAUAUUUUCAUUCAAUAUCUGCUAGAUUUUUGUGUAAAAAUAUGGAUUUUGGACACCAUACAGAAUGGCAUCCUAGAAUUUAGAUCCUUCUUGAUAGGGUGUGUCUAUAAAAAUGAUGUGUUACAAUGUACUCACUAUUGCUAGCGUGUUGCAAAUACUACUGACUGUGGUGAGAAUGUAAGGUAAAAACUAAAGCAGAUGUAACAAAAGGAAAAAAAUAACACAUGCCUGUAAAGUGUACAUUGACACUGCUACUCAAAUUUAUUCAGUAUGAACAAAAUUGAUGCCAUUGAGCUGUACCUGCAAAGACUUUGGCAUCUGCAGGUGUGAACUAAAUAAGAAUAGUUAAGGGUUUUGACCCAUCUAUUUAGAUAAUGAAAGAUUGGCAUUGCAUGAGAGCAAAUCUUAUAGAUCUGAUUUCAGGAAGUUACAAUUUUUUAUAAUGGUAAUGGUAUUAUUAUGAUAAUAAAGUGUUAUUUGGUGCUGAUA